GGUAAUGUAAAGUUUCAACAUUAAGUACAAAAUAGUAAUUUUUCGCCGUAAGACAGUGUUUCUGUCGAUAGUAUUUGUUGUUGACGUAGCAACGGCGCGACGCGACUGUUAUGUUGCAUAACAUGGCGGCGUGUUAACGAAUGCAACCAUCUGUUGUUCUUGGAAUGAAGCUCAUAAUAAAGACAAGUUAGCAGUACACGAUGGAUUCCUCUGAAGCAGGGGCUUUAGCCUACAGUGAGAGAAAAGAAGACAUUGCACCAAGCACAUCAAAUACAUUAGGUCCAGAAGAAGAUGAACCAAAGCCAAAGAAGGUGUCUCGGAAGAGGACAGCUGUUAAUCCUCCCAAUGCAAAAGCCAAGAAGCCCAAAAAGGCCAGAGUCUCCCGGCCUGCCCAGCUUGGUUACACUGUCCAUCAAGGGGAAGACAUGCUACUCGUCAUAUCGAGUACUACUUCUCAGUAUGGAGAGUCAGCCUGGACUCCCCCAAAGAAGAAGGGGAGCAAAAAGAAGAAGAAGCUAACUAAAGGAAAAGUGAAAGCUGUCCAGACUAAGAAGAAAAAGAAACCCAUUGCCAAGCCUAAACUGGCAAAUAAUCCAGUUGCUGAGGAAAAAAGGGACACCAAUUUAGUCAUGGCACAGACGGUAACAGACCAUAGAUGGGGUCAAAGUCUUCCAGAGGAGGUGCUAAUCAAUAUUUUUCAAAUGGUGGUCAUCCAGGAUGGUGCUGUACCGUUUCUAUGCAGAGUUGGCAGAGUCUGUCGUCUGUGGAACGCUGCUGCCUCCAGUCCGGUCCUGUGGCGUAAGGUGACUGUAGGUCACUGCUGGAUUGCGCCAGGAAAAACCCAGCUACCUAAAACUGAGAAGAGGAUUAAAGACACUUUUGAUUGGCUAGCACAGAACAGAUUCUCUCAGCUGCGAGACUUCUCCCUCUAUCACUGGACGAAGAAUGCUAGCUAUGCAGUCGAGGUUGUGGCACAGUUCUGCCCUCACCUUCGCUCCCUCACACUCUCCCACUGUACAGGCCUGACAGCAACAGCCUUCCAGUGCCUUGGUCUGCACAGCCGGGCUCUGCAAAGUAUAAAUCUCCAGUAUUCAGAGUUUCAGGUUGAGGGACCCCUGGAGUACCUCGAAAAUCAUGGGAGCCAAAUCAAGCAGUUUUUGUUCACUCACGGUCUAAAGAAUGACAGAUUUCUGACUGCCAUCACUAGGGGAUACUGUCCUGAUUUGGAGCUGUUAGAGGUCAACACAAAGCUCAACAGUAAAGACUGCGAACUUCCUGUUUGCAUCCAGGCUCUACAGACAGCAUGCCCUAAACUCAAGACCUUCAGGAUGCUGAAUGUCCGACCUCUGCAUAAGACAAUGCGUAAUGCCGGUGAUUCAGCAUUAGGUUUCCCAUUACUGGAGGAGCUUUGUAUCGCUACCACGUCUUGUUCCUACAUGACCGACAAAGAUUUGUGGGAAAUUCUCUUUGGGUCCACAAGGCUGCGGGUGCUGGACCUGCGAGGCUGUUCGCGAAUCACACCAUCUGGUCUUGCAACACUACCCUGUCCUGAGCUUGAGUGUCUGUUCUGGGGACAGUAUUUCAGCAGCAAUGUUGGGCUGUCAUCUCCUAAGGCGGGGAUCCACAUGGUGACCCAGAAAUGGUGUCAGUCACUGCAACAGCUCGACCUUGCAAAUCAGCUCUUCAGUAAGGAGGACUUGGAGAUCGCUAUGAGUCACCUCGCUCAGGCAACCGAGGCAGAUACCCUGCGUUCACUCAACCUGAGUGGGACCAGGAUCACACCACCUGCCCUCAGGUCUAUCAUCGGCCAAAUGACUGCUCUUAGCUACCUCAAUCUUUCAUCCUGCCGCUAUCUUCCAAGAGGCUUGAAGAGAAUUUAUCGGGGCCAAGAAGACAUUCGACAACUGCUGGACAAAUUGGAGUAGUUCACAUAUUCAUUUGACUCCAGGAAUCAUAAACUGAAGGCAAAAAACAGACGUCUUAAAAUGUCCCUCUUUACAACUAUUCAGAACUGAAGAAGCCAGUCAGUCCUUCCAGAAAAAUGCGGAGUUUUUUUGUGAUUGUUGCGGGCAGUAAUCGUUGAUUAUUUUUCUGGAGGGCCUGGCCAGUCCAGUUGCCUACCAUAUAGCACUGAGAACUCUUUGUGAAUAAUGCUGUUUAAGUAAUUUGGAUAUUUUGUCCUCUGGUGCUUUUGUAAAUAUGGUUUUGUAUAUACACUGAUCAUACAAGAUACGCAGUCCGUGCAAAGAGUUACUUUAUUAUUCAUAAAGAGCAAAAACCAAUGGUUUGUAGUACAAUGAGAAAACCUGUUGGUGCUGUUAAUGUCAGUAAAAGCACUGUCCAUAUGAAGGGUUCAUUUCCAAAAACACUUAUCUCUAUUUUGUUUAAUUUGUCUCAAUCCUGUUUUUUUAUUUUAUUUGAGCACACCAUAUCACCAUCAAGUUGUUGUAAGUUUGUUUCAACAUCCCAGAUAUUUUGUUUAUUGUGAAGUCAAAGUGGUGUUUGUCUAUUCAUUUUAGGAAUGUUUUCAUCUGUUUUUGGAAAUGAACUCUUCACAAACACCAGCAUUUCUUGAAUGCAAUUUUAAAAAAAAAAAUAUUUUUCUUUUUUUUUUUUUUUUUUACAUCAAGUUACAAUAAUUCCAGACUAACUAAAUGUUCAAGAUGUCACUAUAAAGUUGGUAAUAUAGUUUGUUUCCACUAGAGAGUGCUGUACCAACAAGCUUAAUGUACAGAAUGACCAAAUGGAGCCUGACUUGCUGUGCUCUUGUUUGAAACUACAAACUGUCUUUUUUUUGCCCGUUGGACUGGAAGUAUUAUAGGUGUGUCAAGAGCUCUAGUUUUUCUGCAACCAAUGCGAGGACUAUUCAGCCUUGAAAUUCAUGUACAGUAUGUCUUGUGCUGACUUAAUUAAAAUGUAUCAAGAUC